AUGUCACCUGGGAAUGAUGGGCAUACAAGUUUUUUUAAUUGGAGUUGGCUUAGAAGACAUUCUUACGAUCCUAAAUUUAUCGACACUCACAAAAUUUUAAAUGUGCAAACUUUAUGGAAUGCAGGAAUCAAAGAUUGUCCGCCAAUCGUUCAAUACAUUGAUGUUAUGAAAACAAAAGAAGGGUUAGCAAGUUUGCUUAAGAACAUUAAUGAAUUUGGUUUUAGCUUUAUUGAUGGUGUUCCACAUGCAGUCAAGGAAACAGAAGAAUUAGCGAGACAAAUCUGUUUUAUUCGUGAAACGCAUUAUGGCAGUUUUUGGGAUUUCAGGGCAGAUUUAGAACACGGAGAUACAGCAUAUACUAACCUUCCUUUAAGAGCACAUACAGAUAAUACGUAUUUUACGGAUCCAUCAGGUCUUCAAAUGUUUCAUUUGAUAGAAUUUAAUGGAGAAGGUGGUUCUUCAUUACUAGUGGACGGUUUUUAUGUAGCUCGUCAGUUAAAAAUGAAAUCACCUACCGCCUACGAAACUCUUUCUACCAUUACAAUUCCAGCACACUCUGCAGGUGAUCCAAAUACAUUAAUUCAGCCAACUCCUAAUGGAUAUCCUAUUUUAAAUCAUGAUCCUUUGUUAGACAAUUCUCUUUAUCAAAUUCGUUACAAUAAUGAUGAUCGAUCUACAAUGAAUCAUUUAGAACCAGAUCAAGUUUUGGAAUUUUACGAUGCUCUAAGAAAAUGGAAUAGUUUAUUAAAAGAUAAAUCUAAUGAAUAUUGGUUUCAAUUAAAGCCAGGAAGAGCUGUUAUCUUUGAUAAUUGGAGAGUAUUACAUGGUAGAGAUAAAUAUAGUGGGCAUAGAAGAUUAAUAGGAUGUUAUCUGAAUUGGGAUGAUUAUCAAAGUAGAUUAAAAGUUUCUUAUUUAAGUCAAGAAGAAAUUUUGGAGAGUUUGUAG